UCCAUUCUUAGCCAGCUAUGGCGUCCUCUCCUUUUGCAAAGAGGAAUGCCGAAACCUCGGGAGCUCGGCCCAACAGCGUAGGAGCAAGCAAGAAUUCAGGAUCGAUCAAUUCAUGGAGCAGCUGCGUCAGGUGGGCGAGGCCCUCGGCGGCAUCCACGCGCUCAUGGCCUUCAGCGACGACCUCCGCAUCAACCCGCGCCAGUGCCGCCUCCUCGCCGACGCCUGCGCGCUCGCCUUCGCUGCCGUCGCCGCCGAGGUCCGCGCCCACCUCCGCUUCGACGAGCGCAUGACAAAGUGGAAGCCCCUCGAGAGCCCACUCCGCGAGCUCCACCGCGCCGUGCGCGACGCCGAGGGCUACGUCCGGCACUGCCUCGAGCCGCGGGACUGGUGGGCGCGCGCCGCCGCGGCCACCCACGGCGCCGAGUGCGUCGAGCAGCACCUGCACAACUUGCUCUGGUGCGUCGCCGUCGUGCUCGAGGCCGUUGAGGUUGCCUCAGAGGUCACGGGAUCCGACCCAGACGAACUCGCACGGAGGCGGCUGCUGUUCGCCAAGGACUACGACAGGGAUAUGCUCGAGCCCAGACUCUUCCAGCAGAAGCUUGGCGGGAGGUACCUGGCCACGCAUGAGCUCGACGCCAGGAUGGACAUGGCGUGGAAGGAGGACAGGUGGCUGCUGUCCCAGCUGCUCGAGGAAAGGAAGAGUCUGGCGUCGCCGGAGCCGUUGACGCGGCACGAGCACCGGCUCGCCGACCUCCUGGCGGCGCCUCGGGGGAAGGUGCACGCGGCGUCGGUGCUCCUGCAGGGCGACUUCCACGUGCGGAGGCGCCUCGUGGGGAACCUCAAGGAGGUGCAGUGGAUGGGUGAGGCCUUCGCGGUGAAGCAUUUCGUCGGCGCCGACGCCGACGCCGUGGGCUCCGAGGUCACGCUGCUCACGUCCGUGGCGCACCCGAACGUCGCGCACUGCCGUUACUGCUUCCACGACGAGGACAAAAGGGAGUUCUUCCUCGUCAUGGACCAGCUCAUGACCAAGGACCUCGGCAGCUACGUCAAGGAGGUGAACAGCGCCAAGCGCCGGAUACCGUUCCCGCUCAUCGUCGCCGUCGACGUCAUGCUCCAGAUAGCACGCGGCAUGGAAUACCUGCACUCCAAGAAGAUCUACCACGGGGAGCUAAUCCCAUCGAACGUGCUCGUCAAGACGCGGCACGCCGACGCGCACCUGCACGUCAAGGUCGCCGGGUUCGGCCAAUCCAAAGUGACGGCGACCAGCCCCAGGCCCAGCCCGAGGGCAUCGGCAAAUGCAAAUGCAAAUAACGCCAAUGUCAACCCUUGCAUCUGGUACGCGCCGGAGGUGCUCGAGCAGGAGGGCUCCGGGCAGCCUUCGGCCAAGUGCACGGAGAAGGCCGACGUUUACAGCUUCGCGAUGAUCUGCUUCGAGCUCCUGACCGGCAAGAUCCCGUUCGAGGACAACCACCUUCAGGGCGAGCACAUGGGCAAGAACAUUCUCGCCGGCGAGAGGCCUCUGUUCCCGUUCCAGUCGCCCAAGUACCUCACCAGCCUCACCAAGCGGUGCUGGCACGCCGACCCGGCGCAGCGGCCAGCGUUCGCGUCCAUCUGCCGCGUCCUCCGCUACGUCAAGCGGUUCCUUGUCAUGAACCCGGCGGACCAGGGCCAGCCCAACGCGCCGGCACCGACGCCGCCGUUCGAUUACCUCGACAUCGAGGCGAACCUGCUGAGGAGGUUCCCGGCAUGGCAGGGGAAUGCGGCGCCGCGCGUCUCCGACGUGCCGUUCCAGAUGUACGCGUACAGGGUCAUGGAGAAGGAGAAGACAAGGGCGAUCCUGCAGAUCAACAGAGACAAGGCCUCGGACUCCAGCAGCGACGGCAACUCGCUGUGUGGAGACGACAGUGGCAUUGGGUUCGGGACGAUGUCGCCGGAUGCCGACGCGCUGUCGGUAUCGAGCCGAAGCACGACGCGGUCGCUGCCGGACCGGACCAGCAGCAGGAAGGCGUCGCCUGGGAAGCUGGAUGGCAAGGUCACCUCCAGGCUAGCAGGCAAGCUUCCUGUCCAUGUUGCUCCUUCACUCCAUUUCCAUGGGCCGCCGCAGAAGUCGAAGUCGAUGGGCGUGGUGAGGCCGCCGCAAAUCGCCAGGCGAACGCCGAGGAUAAAGUCCGACGGCCAUCUGAAUUCUGCCGUGGUUCCUCCAUCGCGGCGGCGCAUGUCCAGCGGGGGGCAUGCUUCAGACUCCGAAGUAGCCUAG